CGUUAUUCACCUAUCUCAGAAAUGGCAGCAAGAAAUGUCACACGUUUUGUCCUGCCCCGGUUUGCGUCGGUUUUUCAGCGAUUUAAUGCCACAACUGUUCCACUGAUAAUGAAGAAAAGAGCUCUUUAUAGACACGAACAUUGCAGAUUGUUCUCUACUACACCAAAGCCGCUUGAAAAGGAAACUGUGACGGUUCACUUUGUGAUGUCUGACGGCAGCAAGCAGUCAACUAAAACCAAAGUGGGAGAGAAUCUUCUGGAUAUAAUUAUUGAUAAUGACAUAGAUAUUGAUGGAUUUGGUGCUUGUGAAGGAACCCUGGCCUGCUCCACGUGUCAUCUCAUCUUUACCAAUGAGGAUUACGACCGAAUCAAAGAAAAGCCCACAGAUGAAGAACUUGACAUGCUAGACCUUGCUUAUGGCCUUACAGAUACAUCACGUUUAGGAUGCCAGGUUAUAGUGACCAAAGAGAUGGAUGGCCUUGAGGUGAGGGUUCCUUCUGGUGUUGCGGAUGCCAGAGACCCCUCGUGACAACAGCUGUUGUUUUAGGGCAAAGUUUUAAAAAUUAUACCUCUCACAAAACAUAUAUAUCAAUAUUUAAAUCGGAUUCAAAUUACUUGUAUUUAUUUCAAAUGCAGAUAAGUACAGUGUACAUAUAUAUAUUUCAUAUUGACAAGGUACAGUUGCACAUUACUUGUAUCCUAUAGUAGAAUAUAAAUAGCUGUUCCUAUAUGUGAGUACUUUCGGUGUCCGGUCGCUCGAUGACUUGUGUGUACAGUAUGAACAGUAACAUGCCAGGGGAGGUAACUUGGGAAUUUUACAUAUUUUUCUCGCAUGAGAUAAGGGUUUGUGAUAAGAUAAGAUUUUGUCAAUUUGAAGUUUUUUACAAGCACUUUAACAGUACUGAUACUGUUACAGUAAGUCAGUAUGACUGACUGAAGUAGAUUUUUAUGCCCCGAGAUCGAAGAUCCGGGGGGAGGGGGGUGUAUGUUUUUGUCCUGUCUGUCAUUCAGUAAGUGAUAGAGCUUUGAUAUUUCACAUGAGUAUUCCAUGUGACAUGACCUUUCCGUGGGUACCAACAUUUUUUACCCUUUGAACUUGGAGUUUGACCUACUUUUUGAAAACUUUAACCUUGCUGAUACCUUUUGAACAGCAAGUGAUAGAGCUUUGAUAUUUGACAUGAGUUUUCCUUGUGACAAGACCUUUCCGUGGGUACCAACAUUUUUUACUCUGUGACCUUGACCUUGGAGUUUGACCUAAUUUUUGAAAAUUUUAACCUUGCAAAUAACUUUUGAACAGUAAGUGAUAGAGCUUUGAUAUUUCACAUGAGCAUUCCUUGUGACAAGACCUUUCCGUUGGUACUAAACUUUUUGACCUUGACAUUUGACCUAUUUUUAAAAACAUUGACAUUGGUCAUAACUUCUAAAUGGUAAAUAUUAGACCUUUCAUAUUGCAAAUGAGCAUUUCUUGUGACAAGAUCUUUCUACUGGUACCUAGAUAUUUGUCCUUGUGACCUUAGCCAUCUUCGGAAUUGGCCAUUAUCGGGGGCAUUUGUGUUUCACAAACACAUCUUGUUAGUGAGUGUACCAGUAUUUAAAAUCAUCCCUGAUACUUAUAACAGCCAUCUUACUGAUACCUACUCAUUGUGUACUGACUAAAUCACGAGAAGAGUAAUCGUGUGAAGAUCUGUAUUUUGUUCUCAUCACCACAGGGGUAUUAAUAGUUUUCACGAGAAGAGUUUUCGUGUGAAGAUUUGUAUUUUGUUUUCAUUACCACAGGGGUAUUUUAAAUAGUUUUAAAGUCAUUGUUUCAUAAUAUGACUUUACCCCAUUCUGAAACUAGAUUACGAUGUUGUUAGAAGAAAGGAAAGAAACAACGAUGACUUUUCUUGUGAUGACUUUUCUUGUGAGAAGAUUUGAGUGUAUCUGUUGAUAAUGUUGCGUAUAUUAGUAAAUGUAUAUUUGGUAUACAUAUGAAUGGCACACUACAGUGUAGUAAUUAACGUCUAAUCAAUAAAUGAAUGGUAAUUUGU